CACGGUGUUGGGGCUGGUUCCCGAGUGGGCAGCCCCGGAGCAACGCUUGCUCGCGGCGCGCCAUGGCUGGGCUGCUGGUGCUGCUUGGCCCGGCGGGAAGAGUGGGCGCCCGGAUACUUCCCCGAGCCCCUUGGCUCCUGGGAGCCGCCACCUCCUGCGCUCCACCGCUCUGGGCCUUGGCCUUGUCCCGCCCGGGGCCGGACUCCCGGCUGCUGCACACGGCCCGCAGGGACUGCCUCAGCCGUCAGGAGCCCAACAAAAUCACUGAGCCAGGAAGCGGUGCCAAGAGCACAGAGGGAAAGCUAAGCAAAUCACAGCAACUGAAGAAGGUCUUCCAGGAGUACGGGGCCGUGGGCGUGUCGCUGCACAUUGGGAUCUCGCUGGUCUCCUUGGGGAUAUUCUACACAGUUGUUUCCAGUGGCAUCGACAUGUCUGCAAUCCUGCUUAAGCUUGGCUUCAAAGAGUCCCUGAUACAAUCCAAAAUGGCAGCCGGUACCAGCACAUUCGUGGUGGCCUAUGCCAUCCACAAGCUGUUCGCGCCCGUGAGGAUCAGCGUCACCUUGUUCUCUGUGCCCCUCGUCGUUAGAUACUUCCGCAGAGUGGGACUCUUUAAGCCUCCAGCCACCAAGCCAUAAGGAAGCCAGUUUCUUCUGAACUACAGGAUUUGGAUUGGUUUCAGGGUGGGGUUUUCUGGGGGAGUAUGGGGCAGAGGCUAAUGACUGUGUUCCUUGUGAGUUGAUUUUAUUUUUGCCAGCAAUAAUCUGGUGUUUUAAUUUACUUUUUAAAAAAUGAUAUUCCUCAAAGAACCAUGUUCGUGACUUAAAAUGUCACCAAGGCUUCAAAAUGAGUUGACAGCCACUCAUGGUGGCCCAGACCAGUAAAGCCAGCUACUGAGGAGGCUGAGGCAGGAGGAUCUCAAACUCAAAGCCUGCUUGAGCUACUGAGAUCGGGGUCAGUGAAGAGAGGGCUGAGGGCAUUGGCAGCAGAGCCCUCGCCCAGCACACCAAGAGCCUAAAUUUGAUCCCAGUACAAAAUGGGAUUGCCAACAGAAUGCCCCUUUAGAUCAUUAGGCAGGAGUUUGCAGCACCCCACAGGGCUAACCUUUGCUCAGGUUCCUGAAAAGCAGUGGUUAAUUUGCUGGCUUUGAAAACGCCCUCUCGCCUGAUUUAUCACUGGCAGCAACCUGCAGUUAACACGCAGUAUUCUGCAGACAGCUGCCAGCACCGCGGUUAAUGAAGGAAAAUUAACAAUCCCUAAUCACAGUCUCCAUUAACAUCAAGCCCUUGACAUUCGCAACACUUGCUCCGGGGAAAAGCAGCCAUGGGCUUCUGGUGUGUUUCACUGACUCCAGAGCUCCUUCGUGUCUGGAUAUGAUGAGGCUGUUUGUCUGCAAUCUCACUGAUAAUGGGGCGGGCAGUAUUGGUUGCAAAAAAUGGAAACGCGGCCCAGGUGUAAUGGCAUCACUUGGCUCCUGAUGCCCACACUCAGGGGAACUCAGAUCCUUCCAUAGACGCUAAAAAGCAUCCUAGCUCUCUCAGACACUCCUCUUAGCUAUCGAAACCUUGAGACAUUCCAGAGUAACGCCAUGUUUACAGUGUGCCACUGUUUAUGCUUUUUAAUUGAAUUGAAUCAUAUGCAUGAAGUAUUUCUACCACGUUCCAAAACAAACCAAAAAAUGGAAAAUAUUGUCUGUUCCAAGUAGAAGACAACCAUGUAGGAACUACAAGCCAAGGGAGAGAGAGAUCUUAAUUAGGGUUCUAUUGCUGUGGUGAAACAUCAUAACCAAAAGCAAUUUGGGGGGUGGGGGAGUUGAUUUCACUCACAGGUCCAUGUUACAGUUCAUCAUCAAAAGCAGUGAGGGCAGGAGCCUGGAGGCAGGAGCUGAUGCAGAAGACAUGGAAGGGUGCUGCUUACUGGCUUGCUCAUCAGCCUUACUGAGGACCGAAAGCCCACUCACAAUGGGCUAAACCCUCCCCCAUCAAUCACUAAUUAAGAAAAUGCUGUGCAGGCUUGUAUACAGUCCUUUCUUAUGGAGGUAUUUUCUCAAUUGAGGUCCCCUUCUGAUGACUCUAUGUCAUCUUGACAUAGAACUAGGCAGCACAAGGAGCUGGACAUGUUUAACUACAGUCCACCACGGGAGGGUCAGUGUAGAGGGCGGUUAGAGUAGGAACCUCAAGCUGCUCAAUUCAGGAGCAGGAAUUGGUUCCCUCGCUCAACCCUCCCCUCUGGGCGGGCACUUGUUAUGUCAUAGCCAAAAGAAACUCCAGUCCCUCAAGCCCCAAUCCAAAAGAUCCAGGAAUGGGGUCGACCUGGGCUAAAGGAUUUCUGGUGGUUACAUAAAAGCCAGCAUUCCUCAGAACUUGUGAAACCGGUUCCCCUCUACCCAAAGGAGACAUUUCCCUUACCUCUGACAGAAGGGAGCUAAGGCUACCUGUGGCUAUCAGCAUAUCAAAGCUCAUGCUGGCAUCACAAGCCAAACUCCCUUGAACUCACGGGCUUCCCUUCCCCAGCUACUCUCACAAUCCUCGGCUCCUGCUACUGUAUUCUCCUCUCUCACAGGUAGCCCUGCUUAGGUCCAGUCUGCUGGCCAUGUUCCGUUUACUUCUCUCUUUGCUGUGGAAUCCUUCCAGAUGCCCCUGGCUGUUCUCUCCCAUAGCUAAAGAACCUUCCCCUUAGGCACCAUGUCAGUUUAUACAGCUCUACCCUGGGGAGCCAGCGUUUGACGUAGGCUCAGCUGCAUGGUGAGAAGUGUUGCAUUUCUUUUUCUGCUCACAAUUCCGUUGACAAUCAGAAAACACAGAAGGCACAGCUAGCUAGCAGGAACACAUGACUGAGAUCUGGCUGACAGUUUCUUAGUCCACAGUCACCCACACCAUUUGUCUUGGUUAACAUUUAAAAGAAUUUUUGUGAGACAAACUCUCCACUCGUGACAUCUUUAAAGCGAGAGUCGGUCUUUUCCUCUUAAAGCAGCCCACAGCUGGAGCUUGUACUAAGAUCAGGAUGUAUUACAGAAACUAAUCCCAAAGACAGCCACAUAGCUGAGCAAGAAGCCCCAGGUCAAUGUCGGGGGGGCUUGUGUGGACUAGCUGGACAGAGGGGGUGUCUCUCCAUCUUGCCCAUUCAGGUUCCUUAGUAACACCUAUGCAAAGAAAUACAUUGAAAGUAGCAAUAAAACUAAUUGUACCCACAACAUGUGUCUUCCAAGCCAGCAGCCAGAACCAGGGGUGAGUUGAGAGGUUGGAAGACUAAAGCACCAUUAUAAACCAGCAAACCAAGCAGAUCUGUUCCUGUUAUCUUCAGUGGAACUGGAGCAAGGCAACUAUCUUAAAACGUAAACCAUUGUUUGCCUCUCGUUUUCUAAGCAGACCCACUGAUCAGCUUAGAUUCUGUGAAACCAAUAAAAACUUUUGUAAAAUGA